UCCUCCCCCCCCUCCCCCCCCGCUCCGUUCAUAACGGCCGUUCGCCUCCCCGCCGCUCCCUUCCGCCAUGAACUCGCUGCUGUUCGGCGAAAUGGCCCGCGCCUUCUCUCCCGGCGUUGCGGCGGCUGGAAGCGGUACACCGGGAACGGCGGGCGGAGCGGCGGGUGGGCCACCGGUAACGGCGGCACUGCGGAACGAUCUGGGUUCCAACAUCCAUCUGCUGAAAGGUCUCAACGUGCGUUUUCGCUGCUUCCUGGCUAAAGUGCACGAGUUGGAGCGGAGGAACCGGCUGCUGGAGAAGCAGCUGGCGGCCCAGCAGUGCGAACGAGACCGCCGCCUUCGUUAUAAGACCUUCAGCCGGGAUCAGGCCGUGCAAACCGACGGCGGUCUCCCGUUAACCGGAGCUGCUCUGUCUACGAGCCCGGCGCCCGGCCUGGUUCCGUCACAUUACAGCCGUUUACCCGGUACUAUUUGGAGCUACACUCAAGUGAGACGUACCGGUGGCGGUGGAUUGGAAACGGUUCAAGGGCCGGGAGUGUCUUGGAUUCAUCCGGAUGGUGUCGGGGUGCAGAUCGAUACCAUCACACCCGAAAUCCGGGCGCUUUACAACGUGUUGGCCAAAGUCAAGAGGGAGAGAGACGAGUACAAGAGAAAAUGGGAAGAGGAACUGACGAGAAGAAUGAGCCUGGAGUCUAUGGUAGAAACCUUGCGAGAGGAGGCGCAGGAAGCGGAAGCUCUCCAGGAGGAGUUAAAUGAAAAGAUUGAGAGAUUGAAAGCAGAACUUGUGGUGUUUAAGGGGCUGAUGAGUGAUCCCAUGACAGACCUGGACACAAAGAUUCAAGAAAAGGCCAUGAAGGUGGACAUGGACAUCUGUCGGCGAAUCGAUAUCACAGCCAAGCUGUGCGAUGUAGCGCAGCAGCGCAACUCUGAAGACGUUUCCAAGAUCUUCCAGGUGGCUUCCAAGAAGAAAGAACGAAAACUUGCCUCUGAUGAUGACCUCUCAGAACAGGAUGCAGACAACAGCAGGUUCUCUGACGACGAGGUCAGCUGUUCUUUGAACAUCACAGAUGAAAUGAAGCGUAUGUUCAAUCAGCUUCGUGAGACAUUUGAUUUUGAUGACGACUGUGAUAGCUUGACGUGGGAGGAGAACGAGGAAACGUUGCUUCUCUGGGAGGACUUCACAAACUGCAAUCCUUCAAUUGACCUCCAAGGAGAGGAAGAAAACCUGGGAAACUUGAUCCACGAAACAGAGUCUUUCUUUAAAACAAGAGACAAGGAAUACCAAGAAACAAUAGGGCAGAUAGAGCUGGAAUUGGCCACAGCCAAGAGUGACAUGAACCGCCACCUUCACGAGUACAUGGAGAUGUGCAGCAUGAAGAGGGGCCUGGAUGUACAAAUGGAAACCUGUCGUAGGCUUAUCAAAGGUUCAGCUGACAGAAAUUCUCCAUCUCCCAGCUCUGUAGCCAGCAGCGACUCAGGAAACACAGAUGAAAUUCAGGAUGAGUUGGACAGAGACGCGGAUGUGGAGCCCAUGGUCAGCUGAUACGUGGUUGGAGCACUCAGUGAAAGGGAAACCACAAGCAAAGAUUGGAAAACAACACACUGAUGGGGGGUGAAAAGAACAAAAUUAAGACUUGUAAGCCCCUGCAUCGGGCUUCUAAGGACUCAUUCCUACACGCAUCCCCACCCCACCCAAGGAUUGGUGCUGUAAAUUUCUAUUGUUAUACAAUUCACAAAUGCAGAGUCCUGUAAGAAAACAUGGUGUUUUAAUUGUGCCUUUGCCCCAAGCUGAGCCACUUUGAGCUCCAGUGGAAUAUUACUAGCAGGUGUUUUUAUAUGAAAAAAAAAAAAAGUAAAUUAUAUACGUAUCUAUUGAGAAAUCUGGUUGCAGCAGAGAACGGUGCUGCAAAGGCUCUGGAUAUUUCAACAAGCUUCUGGUUUUAUGGAACUGCUGCACCGAUUGGCAAAAGAAAUACUGGCAAACUGAGCAAGGAACCCGAGAUAAUUGUGGUGUAAUUACCAAAGCCUGGCACACCAAAAAAAAAAAAGAAAAGAAUGCCUGCAAAUUGAUCUGUAAACAUUUAAAAAUAAUCCAGGGUUUCGAGACCGAAAGGAGUUUCUUCAUUCCCUCUUUCUGGGUGAAGGAACCUUUGAGAUUUGGAGGUUUGGACAAGGUCUCUGCCAAACUCCAGACUCAGAGGCGGCAGGUCUCAGCUCGGUGGCAAAGCAGUGGGUGAGGGAGGGUUUGUUGGGGUGGGACUGUCACUGAUAAACUACUAUGCAACAAAAAAUAAGCGCGCCUUAUUGAUAUGGAAUGUUUGAUCCCUGCUGGGCUACAGUUAUCUCUUGGGGGAAGGAAAGCUCAAAACACUUUGCACACGUUAGUUAUCUGUAGAGCUUCUUUUGAGGAGGAAAGUCUUGUUUCAAUGCCUUUGUUUCCAGUGGUUGGAUGGAGGGGGAAGUGAGACCUUCAGUUCCGGAGUUGUUUUGUGUUUUCUUUUCCUUCAGGAUAUUGUUUUUAAACCACAGCAUUUGCAGAUUUUACUUUGCUGACAGGGAGAUAACUCCACUUUAUGCUGCUUUCGUGACGUGGGAUAGUUGAAGCAUCGGGAUGAACUGACAUGUUGUGCUAUGGAUGUGGGCUUGAGAUGACACUGAGAGAGCUCCAGACCACUGUUCUUCAGCAAAGCUGAACAACAGACAGCACUGUAAUCCUUUUUAGGGCAUAGUAAAAUCAAUCCCAAACUGCUGCUGCCCUGAAGUUAGGGAGGAACAGCUGUGUGCUUUCUCUGUGAGAAGGCUUUGGCAAUCUGUGUCAGAAGUCUGCACCUCUGGCAUCAUCGAGCUGUUUGUGGUUAUUAGUGGGAGUCGUAGCACCUCAGCCAGGUAAAAACAGGGUAUAAACCUAAGCCAAUAAUGUUUUUUGUUUGUAUUUAAGAGCAAGAUUGCAAGUGUAGUUAAUACUGCCUAAAGGUAGCUCUGUAGUUAACUAGCAGUUGCAAGAGGAGUAAAUACCAAAUGUGUUUUGUACCUGCCAGAAAACUUAGCAGCUGUUUCAUCUGAGCAGUGCUAGGACUGGGCAGGGAAAUUCCAGAUUUAAGCACCCUCUCAGUGUUAUAUAAAGGUAGGGUGGCCAUCUUUUAGCUUCCUGAGUAUUGUUUCCAAGCCUCUCUUCUUUAUUGAUCCGAAAUCAGCAGGGCUGCAUCGUAAGCAUACAGCCAGCAGAGAUCAAUAUUGCUUUCUUGCAAAAAGAGCACGAGUGUUUCAGCAAAUGGGCUGAAAAUACCUCUCCAUCUCGUGCUGCUGUGCAGAGGGGGCAGGAGUUCAGAGGGAUUCUCCUGGUUGUUCAGAGCGAGGAGAACUACUGGGGGUGACCCAUCUGGAUUCACAGUGUGAGCAUCCACGGCCUCCGUCCAAGAGAAGAGAUCCAAGGUUGUGGUUCCCUCACUGGUUAAAAUACUCAGCGCUGUUAUUCGUAGAGUUAGCAGCAGUUCUUGUGGUGUGUUUUAGGGGCUUCUUCAUCACGUAGGUGAGGAAGAUGCCUUAUUCCAAAGUGCUCAUUCCUAUUAUUUCUUUGGUGGCCAAAGUGGUAAGUGUCACGUUCACUAGGGCUGCGA